UCGGAUUUAAAUGGAGGUGGCUCGGCACGGAUGAGGCUGAAUUCCGGAUGGGGAUUUCCAGCCCCCCCCUCCCCUCGCCCCGAUCCGAGGAAAGGGGAGAAAAAUAUAUAAAAAUCGAUAUAAUUCGGAAGUGUCCGGGGCGCGAUUGAGAAACCUCCAGCUCGCAGCGACCGGGAGAGAGAGCCGGAGGAGGCGAAUCCAGUGAAUUACAGUUUCAGCUACGAUUGCAGAAAAGCGGCCGUGAACUGGAUAUAGACCUGCGGCUAACUGGAUUUGAUUUAUAAGAGGGGAUUCUGCAGUAAAUGGCUGCUCUCUUCAUAUUGCUGCUAUGGAAAACAGAAUUGUCAAUAGGAUGUAGUCUGAUAAAUAGUGCUGAGUGAAGAUGCAGCUUCAAUAAGUGUGAAAUCAAUGGAAGAUACUUACCGCAUGAAAAGCCUUUUGAGAUUUUUCUGACAGGCACCUAUUUAGGAAACUUGAUCUGUUUCCUUCGGCUGCCCUGUUUUUACACCAGUGGAUACAAAUCAGAUUGCUUCACUGUAGUUACACAACUAAUGUGGGACCAUGGCCUUUCCAAGAUCCAUGUGGCUGAACUGUGUAUGGAGAGCAAUGGUAGUCCGCCUGUUACACAUGGGAUUGAAUGCCACUUUUGCUUUUUGUAUACUUGGAUUUUUGCUUCACGCUGCAGCUGUGUCCUCCCAAAAAUUGGAUGAUACCAACCCAGUGGUGACCACCAACUUUGGCAAGAUAAGAGGGAUUAAGAAGGAACUUAAUAAUGAAAUUUUGGGGCCCGUUAUUCAGUUUCUUGGGGUUCCGUAUGCUGCCCCUCCAACAGGGGAGCGCCGCUUUCAACCUCCUGAGCCUCCGUCUCCCUGGGCAGAUAUCAAAAAUACCACUCAGUUUGCUCCAGUGUGCCCCCAGAACAUUAUAGAAGGCAGGUUGCCUGAAGUCAUGCUUCCCGUGUGGUUUACUAAUAACUUGGAUGUAGUUUCCACCUAUGUACAAGAUCAGAAUGAAGACUGCCUCUAUUUAAAUAUCUAUGUCCCAACCGAGGAUGUCAAAAGAAUAUCCAAGGAAUGUGCCAGAAAACCCGGCAAGAAAAUUUGUAGAAAAGGAGGUCCCCUUACAAAGAAACAGACAGAUGAUUUAGGUGAUAAUGACGGUGCUGAAGAUGAAGACAUUCGGGACAGUGGGGGACCUAAGCCUGUGAUGGUGUAUAUUCACGGAGGGUCCUACAUGGAAGGCACUGGAAAUUUAUAUGAUGGCAGUGUUCUAGCAAGUUAUGGGAAUGUGAUAGUCAUCACAGUCAACUAUCGCCUUGGGGUACUUGGAUUUUUGAGCACUGGGGACCAAGCAGCAAAAGGAAACUAUGGCCUCCUUGAUCUAAUUCAAGCUUUGCGAUGGACUAGUGAAAAUAUUGGGUUCUUUGGUGGUGACCCAUUAAGAAUAACUGUUUUUGGAUCUGGUGCAGGCGGUUCAUGCGUCAAUCUGUUGACUUUAUCCCAUUAUUCUGAAGGUAACCGUUGGAGCAAUUCAACCAAAGGACUUUUUCAAAGAGCAAUAGCUCAAAGCGGAACAGCUCUCUCCAGCUGGGCAGUUAGUUUUCAGCCUGCAAAAUACGCCAGGAUGUUGGCUACGAAAGUUGGUUGCAACAUGUCAGACACUGUAGAAUUGGUAGAAUGUCUACAGAAGAAGCCUUAUAGAGAACUUGUCGACCAGGACAUUCAACCAGCAAGAUACCAUAUAGCCUUUGGACCAGUAAUUGAUGGCGAUGUGAUACCAGAUGAUCCUCAGAUACUGAUGGAGCAAGGAGAAUUCCUCAAUUACGACAUCAUGUUGGGAGUUAACCAAGGGGAAGGGUUAAAAUUUGUUGAAAAUAUCGUGGAUAGUGAAGAUGGCAUAUCAGCUAGUGAUUUUGACUUUGCCGUUUCUAAUUUUGUCGAUAACUUAUACGGAUAUCCUGAAGGCAAAGAUAUAUUGAGGGAAACUAUUAAAUUUAUGUACACAGACUGGGCAGAUCGACACAACCCUGAGACCAGAAGGAAAACACUGCUGGCUUUGUUUACUGAUCACCAGUGGGUUGCACCAGCUGUGGCUACAGCAGAUCUUCACUCAAAUUUUGGAUCGCCUACAUAUUUCUAUGCCUUCUACCAUCAUUGCCAGACAGAUCAGGUACCUGCAUGGGCAGAUGCAGCCCAUGGAGAUGAGGUUCCUUACGUACUAGGAAUCCCCAUGAUUGGUCCUACUGAAUUAUUUCCUUGUAAUUUCUCCAAAAAUGAUGUCAUGCUAAGUGCGGUGGUGAUGACUUACUGGACAAACUUUGCAAAAACUGGCGACCCAAAUCAACCAGUGCCGCAAGAUACAAAAUUCAUCCAUACAAAACCAAACCGUUUUGAAGAAGUAGCAUGGACCAGAUAUUCUCAGAAAGACCAACUGUAUCUUCACAUUGGAUUAAAACCACGAGUUAAAGAACAUUACAGGGCCAACAAAGUGAACCUUUGGUUGGAACUGGUACCUCAUCUGCACAAUCUUAACGACAUUUCACAGUAUACCUCUACCACAACUAAAGUGCCAUCGACUGAUAAUACUUUCAGACCAACAAGGAAAAAUUCUGUUUCUGUUACUUCAGCCUUUCCUACAGCCAAACAAGAUGAUCCCAAACAACAGCCAAGCCCGUUUUCGGUGGAUCAAAGGGACUAUUCAACAGAAUUGAGUGUUACUAUUGCAGUUGGUGCAUCUUUGCUGUUCCUGAACAUUUUGGCCUUUGCAGCAUUGUACUACAAAAAAGACAAGCGGAGACAUGAUGUUCAUAGGAGAUGUAGCCCACAACGUACUACUACCAAUGAUCUUACCCAUGCACAAGAAGAGGAGAUAAUGUCCCUCCAAAUGAAGCACACUGACUUGGAUCAUGAAUGUGAGUCCAUCCAUCCACAUGAGGUGGUUCUUAGGACCGCCUGUCCCCCAGACUACACGCUAGCUAUGAGAAGGUCUCCUGAUGAUAUUCCCUUAAUGACACCCAACACCAUCACAAUGAUCCCCAACACUAUACCAGGGAUUCAACCCCUACACACAUUCAAUACAUUUACCGGAGGACAGAACAAUACUCUGCCCCAUCCUCAUCCCCACCCCCAUUCACACUCAACAACCAGGGUAUAGCCAGACAAGAUGAAACAAACUUUAUUUUUUGAUGGAUUACAGUAGGUGAUAUUACUGAAGAUUACUUGGCUUUCAACCUACAAGACUCUUACUAUUUAAAUAUGGAGGAAUAUUAUGUGAAUAUACAUAUCAAGAACUUUUGGGGUUUUGAAAAAAAUGAAUUGUACAUAUAUCAAAUGAACUUAAGAAACAAACAAACAAAACAAACAAAAGAAAAAAAAACAAAAAAACCCAACUGUUUGCAAUUGCUUGAAGCAGUUGUCCUGAAUGAUACUUUUUCAUUCACAUUCAAGUAUUAAUUUUUUGAAGAUUUAAGUUACAUAAUGGAAUUAGGCAUGUGCAACACAAACAGGAAAGAACUAUGACUGAAAAUUUUAAAAACCUAUAAAUAUGCACAAGGGACACACUAAUGGAAUGUCAGAUAAUUUUCACCAAUUUUUAUUUGGACCUGUUUUCUUGUGUAGACCAUAUUUACAUAUUUGAAUAAGUACACAAAGCACCAAUGCUGUUAAGGCCUUAGAAAGGGGCUCAUGCUGAAAUCUGCCAGUCAAAGAAGUUUUACAGCCUGGCAGGUACAACAUUAUCACAUAAGUGCUGUCAGUAUAAAAGUUGUGGGAAUAAAGGAAACUGGAUAUUUUUAGCACGAUGUGCAUGAUAAUUUAUAUGCUUGGUGGCUGUGCUGCUGAUUAAGCCGUAAUUAAAAUUCUUCUCAUCCCAUUGGAGUUUUUAAUAGAAGCUUUCUCCAUCAAUUGGCACAACCUAAAGAAGUUUUUUAAAGGGGCAAAAGUAAUUACAGUAAAAUAUUUCAUGGUAGCUUCAGAAAAAGAAGGAAUUGCAACAGUUCUUAAAGGUAUUUAUGGCAUUCUAGGUAUACAGUGGUGAACCCUCGCUGAUACGAAUCCCAGACAAAAAAAAUCUGUAUUAUUAAUGUUCUUUUUCCUUUCCACCUAAGUAAUUUCUAACUUUAACAUAACUAUAACUUUAAUGGAAUCUCCUUUGAUGAAGGAUUUAUAAUUUGCUGUGAUUUAGUUACAGUAUAUUUAGUUCAAAUUGGUAAGGUAAAGUGUGUCCAAAAAUUUACUUGCAACGAUAUUUUGCAAUAUAAAAAUGCCCCAAUAUUACCGCUCUGAUUACACCUUUCAGUUUAUUGUUUAAACUCAUGUUGCAUGUUACAAAGUUUACUUAUAAUACUUUAAUAUAAAGUUAAUUCCCUUUUUGCUAUACAUUAGCUUUGCCAUUCGAAUGAAUUCUCUAGCCCAGAUGGCAACAGUGUAGAAAAAGAGGGUAUGUAAGAACGGGGAGAGAGCCAACAACUGGAAAUUUUAAAAUCGGAAUACUACAUACGUUUGUGUGAUUUGAAAUGAAUGUUCUAAAAACACAAGAAAUUUUUCAUUCCCCUGUUGCUUUCCAGUAAUUAUAUACCACGGUCCUUUCAAAAUGUUUGUAUAUGUAAUCAGAUGUACAUUUAUAUAAAAGAAAUAAUUGAGAUGGACUUAAGAGCACAUCCCUGAUAAAUACUUUCUCUCUUACCUGUACUAUAUUUCUAUUAGACUAAAGUUAUGUGAUUUUUUUUUACAUUUUUUCAAAUUACUAGCAAUUUUGAUAGUUUGUAAGAUAAUGCGAAGAACUUUCUCUGACAAACUAACUGCAGUAACAGAAACAUUUCUUUUCAGUUACUCUUUUUCAAGAAUGAAAGCUUAUUACACACAAAAAUUGUAUACUACUUGAUGGAAAAUUACUUUGUACUUCUUGGCCAUAUUACUGGUCACUGAGUGAAAUAAAGAUAAUCUGGAUAACGAA